UGAUGCCUGUCCCGGUGAUAAUGGAGGUUAAACUACGCACUCUGAAGAAUAAAAUGUUGCGAAGUUUAGCGAUUUCUGGACAAUAUUUGAAUAUACUAUUUAUGAAAUAAUUCGUUAAAUAUAAUCAUUUCAUUAAAUAUCAAGAAAUAAAAGUAUGCACGUUCUGAGUUAUUUUUACAUGAAAGACUUACGUAAUUAUUAAUGACAAUCAUAUUCCUCAUUUGGAUUCUUUAAUGCAUACUAUGAACUUUCCUGACAUUAGGUCACAUGAAUGAAGCGCACGCCUUUAUUGUAUGAAACACAAUACCUUUGGCUUGCGUGGAGAAUACCGGGCAUCAUGUGGAACUUUCUGUGUCUUUUCGUGUUCCUUGCAUCUACCCAAUUUGUGUAUUGUAAACUGUGUAACCCAACCUACUUCGAAAUAGUGGGUAGAGUGGUGUUCGGAGAAGCCAGAGAAGAACCGAUGGAUGCCAAACUUGGGGUAGCUUACACCAUCAUCAACAGAAUUCGACACGAGGCUUAUCCAAACAAUCUGUACUCAGUGGUUUUUGAAAGAAUGAGAAAUGGAGACUACCAGUUCCAAACAUUGAACAAUGCCAACCAUACGCGGGAAUGGCAGAACGCGAAAAUCCAGGAGUCUACGGAGUAUUCUGACGUCUUCCAGGCGACGAUGAACGCGCUAUGUCGUUGGAAGGCUGAUCCCACGGACUGUGCCACGAAUUUCUGUUCCACUGAUCCAUGUGAGGCUACCGAGUCUAAUCCAUGGUGGCUGGCAGUGAAAAAGAGGCAAUUUGGUAGAAUCUUUUUUGUGUGUAGAGUGAGUGCUGCGGCAGCUGUACGCUCUCGAGGACGGAGUUAAAGUAGUUUGACCUUCUUAUGAUUAUAUUCAAUUCUUAACAUUAUUUAAUAUGUAUUGCAUUGCUUUAUGAUUUAUAUAAGCCUGCAAAUCUGAUGAAAUAGUUAUUUCAUGUUUUGCUCUCUCUCUCUCUCUCUCUCUCUAUCGCGCGUUCUCUCUCUAUCGCGCGUUCUCUCUCUCUUUCUCUCUCUCUCUGUGAAGUCAAAGUUUGAAUUAAUCUCGACAUACCCAUUUAAUGAAAUUUCGAAUAUGUAGGAUGGAAUUGAUUGCAUUUAUAUCUGUAUAAUGAUAUAUAAUAAAAUAAUAAUUGUAAAUGAUUGCAAACUUUUGUGUACCAAAUUCAUACGAAACGAUAUACAAUAAAAUUUAAUAUACAU